GGGAGGAGAGAAAAAAAAGAAAAAAAAAGAAAGGAAUACAAAUUCAUUCAAACAUCUCCAUCUUUCAACCCCUUGGCAUCCAGCAUCACUUAAUGUAGACAGGAGAAGAGAGGAGAAAGAUACCAACAUAAAUGCAUCCCGAUGGAGAGACAAGAAUGAAAUGAGCGGUGCUUAAUGAAUAAGAUUAUACAUUAUAAAAAUACAUACCGUGGACUGUGAAGAAUAGCCCUCGAUUCAGUGAGAAGGACAUCGACUGCACUGGUGUCAUCCUGAUAUAGAGUCGUCAUCGUAUCACCGGGCUCACCGUCCUCUUAUUGUUUCUGCAUGCAUCUCAUGGAAAAGGUUUCCUUAUUUUUGACAGCAGCGGAUUGAAAUUUCAAAGGACAAUUUAGUAACGUUUUUUUUUUUGUUGUUUUGUUUUUUUUUUCAAAGUAAGCCAAAAUCCUUAGAUUACAGAUACCGAGUUAAUGGUAUUUGAAGAAAGCAAGUACUGUCAUACGCUUAUCGAUUUCACCUUAUUUUUUAAGUCAAGGGAUAAAACACGUUAAUCGUGUUUUAUUUAUUUAUUAAAACAAAAUAAAACUGUUCCCUAGGCGACAAAAUACGUGACAGAAAACACUGAAACUAUAGAUGAUAAGGAACAGUUAAUUCCAUGUUGAAAUAAUAAACCAUUUUUAUUAUAUUGUCUGCAACAAAUUUAUAUAACAUAUCCUAAUAGGAUAUUUAAAAAAAGAACUAUCCUGACAUAUAUAAUAUAUAACCAUUUGUUGGUUGAAAAGAAAUAUAUAUUUCUUUCUGUGAGAUACAUUUUUGAGAUUGUUGUAGCUUUGGAAAGAAGAUGUCGGGCCAGACUCUAACGGAUCGCAUUGCUGCCGCUCAGUACAGUGUUACCGGCUCAGCUGUGGCACGGGCUGUCUGCAAAGCGACCACUCAUGAGGUGAUGGGACCCAAGAAAAAACACCUGGAAUAUUUGAUCCAGGCCACCAAUGAGACCAACGUUAACAUCCCCCAGAUGGCAGACACGCUGUUUGAGAGGGCGACAAACAGCAGCUGGGUGGUUGUGUUCAAGGCACUGGUCACCACACACCACUUGAUGGUCCAAGGCAAUGAGCGAUUUAUCCAGUACUUGGCUUCUAGGAACACACUAUUUAACCUCAGCAAUUUUUUGGACAAAACUGGUUCUCAUGGUUAUGAUAUGUCAACAUUCAUCAGACGCUACAGCAGAUACAUGAAUGAAAAGGCUUUUGCUUACCGACAGAUGGCAUUUGACUUCGGCAGAGUAAAAAAGGGUGCUGAGGGUGUUAUGAGAACCAUGAAUCCUGAAAAGCUAUUAAAAGGCAUGCCAAUUUUACAGGGACAAAUUGAUGCACUACUGGAAUUUGAUGUCCAUCCCAAUGAGCUGACCAACGGCAUAAUAAAUGCUGGCUUUCUACUCCUUUUUAAGGAUCUUAUUAAGCUCUUUGCUUGUUAUAAUGACGGGAUCAUUAACUUACUAGAGAAAUUUUUUGAAAUGAAAAAGGGCCAAUGUAAGGAAGCACUUGAAAUUUACAAGAGGUUUCUCACAAGAAUGACAAGCGUCUCAGAAUUUCUCAAAGUUGCGGAGCAAGUAGGGAUCGAUAAAGGUGAUAUUCCUGAUCUCACUUAUGCCCCUAGCAGUCUUCUUGAGACCUUGGAACAACACUUGAAUACACUGGAAGGCAAAAAGCCAGGAAGCAAUGAAGAGUCAUCUCCUGUGAAGGGAUCUCCAACGACCACAUCCCCCACCUCCACUCCGGCAAAGUCCAGCGAUGGAGCUCAAGUGGUGGACCUGUUUUCAUCUCCAUCUUCAGCUGCAGCUUCAAAUGCAUCCAGCAACCUUCUGGAUCUGCAGCCUGACUUCUCUUCAGCACAGCCAGCUGGUGCGACAGCAGCUCCUGCAGCUUCGAGCGCAUGGGGAGACCUUCUUGGGGAGGACUCUCUGGUGGCGGCUCCAGUCCCGGCCCUUGCUAGUGCCUCUGAGUCACUUCUUUCUGACCCCUAUGCAGUAGAGGCUUCCCCUACUCCUACUCCUACUGAGAUUCCUCCUGUUCCUCCUCCUGCCACUGCCGCCACUCCCAUUGCUGCCGCUGCAGCAGCACCUCCUGUUCCCACCACUGCCGCUAGCGCCUCAGGGGACAUGGAUCUCUUUGGAGAUGCGUUCGCAGCUUCUCCUGGUGAGGGCCCCGUGGCUUCCGAGGGGGCCGCUGCGCCUGCAACUCCUACCCCUGCAGCAGCAGCAGCUCUUGAUGCAUGUACUGGAACUGACCCUUUUGCACCAUCCGAAGGCAGGGCAGCAGUUCCUCCUGAGUUGGACCUUUUUGCUAUGAAGCCUGUUGAGACCAGCGUUCCAGUAGCUACACCUACAACUAGUGCAGCUCUUCCAGCUGCUACUGCAGCAGCUCCUACAUCCAUCACAGCUACCACCACUACUUUCACUACAACUGCUCUUCCUGCUCUAGAUAUCUUUGGUGAUUUAUUUGAUUCUAUGCCUGAGCCAAAUGCCUCCACAGCUCCCAAACAAGACGUUACUCCUAGCAUAGACCUAUUUGCAACAGACACUUUUUCAUCUCCUCCUCGCGGAGCUUCUCCAAAGCCUGAGGGCAAUCUGUCGGCUGAUCUCUUAUCUGUGGAUGCAUUUUCUGCACCGUCAGCAGCACCAGCUGCUGCUUCUCCUGCAAAGCCCGACGCGUCAGGUGUGCUUGAUCUGUUUGGGGAUGCUUUUGGUGGCUCUUGUGCCGAGCCCCAGCCUGCCACUGCAACCAGUUCUGCUGACCUGCUGUCUGGCUUAGGCGGUGCUUUUAUGGCGCCCAGUCCAGCUGCUGCAUCAUCUGCGCCAGCCCAGAAUAACCUCAUGCAGCCUAGCUUUGAUGCAGCCUUUGGAACCACACCCACAGCAACCAGCAGUGGUGGCGGCAGCAGCUCCUUUGAUUCCUCAGUAUUUGAUGGAUUAGGGGACCUCCUCAUACCUACAAUGACACCCCAGGGUCAGGGAACUGGAGCUGGACUCGGAGGCAUGGCAGGGGCGCAGUCAGGUAAAGCCCUGGCAGGGGACCUGAAUUCCUCUCUGGCUAACCUGGUUGGAAAUCUUGGUAUUGCAGGCACACAGAAGAAAGAUCUUCAGUGGAGUGCCGGUGAAAGGAAACUGACAGGAGGUGUAAACUGGCAACCGAAAGUAGCCCCUGCCACCUGGGGAACACCUGGAUCUCAGAUGCAGAAUGGUUGGCUAUUCCCUUAUUAUCCUGGAGCAGUUCCUCCUGGGGGUGUCCCGACAGCAGGAGCAGCCCCUCCUGUAGGAGCCGUACCUCCAAUGGGUGCUGUUCAACCUCAGCCUGGGUUUGGGAUGCCUCCCGCAGCAGGAGCAGGUGCUCCCAUGAUGCCUCAGUCAUCAAUGAUGUACCCCCAGCCCAUGAUGAGGCCACCAUUCGGAGCUACUGCAUCACCCGGAGCAUCGCUCUCUCCGAGCCCAACACCUGCAACACAGAGCCCCAAGAAACCGCCAACAAAGGAUCCACUAGCAGAUCUUAACAUCAAGGACUUCUUAUAAAUCUCUGCUGUUUUUGUGACUGGAUCCAUGAAAGUGUCAGCUUGGUGUCUGCAAAUAAUCAUUGAUAACCAGAAGCUCCUAGCUAGUCUCCAGUACAGAAUUCCACUGAGACUUUUACUCCUACAGUACCUGUAAAAAUGUUGUCGCACAACCGUGAAAGUGAAACAUAGAAAAAUGUGUGCUUAUCUAGAUGUUAACCCUUCCCUUAACAGGAAUUUGUGUCUUUUGAUCAUUACUUUUAAGUGUUUGCAAAUUUGAACAAUGGGUGUAUGUUACUGAUGCCUUUUAGUGCUCCUCUGUACCUCUCAUAGGGUGGCAGAUAUGCAGCUAUUAUGUGGUGAGCCAUUUGGAGAAACGUGUAUGUGUAUUUCAGAAGGUUUUCAAUUAAUAUAAGCUCGCUGGUGAAUCCUAGGAUUUCCUGUGCGUUCUGUAUCUCUGUUACAAACAUAUAGUUGUUGUUAAUCUGAUUAUCAAAUUUGUAUAACAAGUAAUGUGACCAUAAUCUUUAUCUCACAAAGUUGGUCUGGAUUUAUUUGAACAAGUGUUUUUUUUUGUUUUGUUUUGUUUUGUUUUGUUUUUGUGCAUUAUUCUGAUAUUUAUUUAUACUUUUAAAGUAUUACUGAAUUUUUUAAAUGUCUAUAUGUAUUUCACAAGAAUUAUCAGAUUAGAUAUUUAACUUUUUUUUGUCUUAUGUUUCAAAUGUAUUGUAUUUGAGCUAUUUCCAUAGAUCAUGAAAACAAAGCGACAUAUUCAUAAUUUACUCUUCCUGCACUAAAUAUAAGACAGUAUUUAGUGGAGCCUUUUGGUGAGGGACUGCAGUACAAUGACUUCCCUCAUGUCCAAGGGAAUUAACUUGGAAGCAAUUUCUCAGUGAACCAGCAAUCCAAAACAGAGCUGGAUUUGAUGGCUUUAGUCGUCUUGGGAUCAGAAUUUCCUACAUCGGUGAACUUCUGGUGUUUGUUUUUCAUAGUCGCUAGUGUUUAAUCAUUACUGAACAGGGGUGUGAGUAGUGUUAUUUUUGUAUUAUCUAGAAGAAUAUCUGUAUUUAUCUCCAUGAAAGUGACCACAUACCCGCCCUUUAUAAUGUACAGCUUGUGUUUUCUGUUGUUUCAACGUUUGAUUUUCAUCCCGUGUGUGGUUAUCCCUUGGCUGAAGGUCUUCAUGCAUAUGGAAAGAGGUCACUGUAUAACCUCUUUCUGAAUGCUGUGCAGUUUGUGUCUUUAGGCUUGACACUCUUUUAGAAACAGUUGACAGUCUGAUGGUAGAUCCAAUACACUGUCGGAAUUAACUGGAUAAUCUAAUGUGUUGUACCAUUCCAAUUGACUGUAUCAAGAAAGUGUUGUGAAGAGUAUAACAAUUUUUUUUUUUUUUUUUUUUUUUAAGUUA